CGGACUGCUUAGUGACUUCUGGCUGAUAGCCUGCGGUGCGUCGGAGGAGGAGGAUUUGUAACAUCUCUCUCGGAAUCGCAGCUUGAAAUCUUCAAAUCUACGUUGUUUUUGUUUUGUUUGUGUGUAUCUUCAGUCUUCAGUCAUACAUGGGUUUAGGAUAACGGAUGAAUGAGCGACAUCUAGCUUUUCUCUGCGCUUCUCUUGGUGAUGACUGAGCUCAUGCUGCCAGACUCAAGAAGGUGUAAUUAUUUCUUCCUUUAUGAUGGAUCCAAAGUCAAGGGAGAGGGGGAUCCUACGAGAGAGGGAAUCUGCUACUUCUACCCUGAAGAGACCCCUUUAGAUAGGCAGGAGCUGCUCUGUGGUCAGCUUGCUGGCACGGGCCGCUGUGUCUCUGAACUUUCCUCCUCCCCUGUGCGAAUGCUGAGGCUGCGUCGCAACAAGUUUGCCAUCCACAUGAAAGAUGACUUCUUUUGGGCUCUGGGCUGCUCAGUGGAAGUCCCCACCAUCAGCGUCCAUGAGCUCCUGGAUCAGCUAAUAAACCUCUUUUGUUUCUACCAUGGCUCUGUCCGACGGAGCUACCAGCUUAACAGUCAGGAAACUCUGGCUGGUCGAUGGGCGCAGUACCUCUCACACCUGCAGUCAGGAUCCUCAGAGCUUCAUCACAUCUUCACCUGCUUGAGAACCAUUGACUCAACUAAUAUUGACCCACUUCUCCUGCUCAAAGCUGCCCUCAUUCUCCAGGCCUGUCAGCGCUGCCCUCUAGUGUCAGCAGGCUGUAUUCUCUUCAGAGGAAGAAUUGUGAGCACACAGAUGUCUCCAGAGCUCACAAUGAAGGUGAUGGUUCAUGAGAGUGAAACAUACACCAAGGCCCAGAGGUCCAAUGGAGCGGGUCCUUUCAGCUCAUUUGGUGGUGCUGUCAGCUCCACAACUGUGUUCCUGACCAUGUCUGAACUUCAGUAUCUGCAAUCCGCCCCUGUCGACAAAGAUUUCAGGUCCCAUUCUACUCCACACAAAAACCGCCACCCAAGAAUGACCCGCCUGUCAAGAACGUUAUCCAACACUCCCUCCACUGACUCAGAGCCAUCUGAUACAGGUUCCUCCCAGUCUCCCCAGAAGGUGUCCUUCAGUCCUUGCUUGUUGGACAGCUCCGUGUUUAGCCCAGAUCCGUCGCAGAGCCCCGCCGAUCCCCCACCGCAGCAGUUAGAGCCUUCAUUCCCGAACGGAAAACACUCCCCUGAAGCCGAGGAGGAAGUGCUGGAAGAGUCAUAUUAUCACAGUUUUCCCAGCAGCGGAGAUGGAGUCAGUCAGAUGCAUAAUGAAGGAGACAGCUCAUUGUUGGGAGAACACUCCCACCUAAAUGGAGGCGGAGGAGAUGGAGACACAGCUUGUGGGACAGUGUUUGACUUCAGAGGGGCUGAGGAAUCACAUGACGAUAACGUUUUGGAGGAGGUCGGCAGAGGUGGCUGUGGGGAGGUUCAGGGCCAAGAGGCAGAGAUACCAGCUCCUCCCCAAUCUGGUGCUUUUGACAACCCAGAGGAGUGUCCGCUGAUUCCCAUGACGCUGUACCUGCACCGGGUCAAAGGUUUGGUGCUGGCUCUGCUGGUGGAGCCUCACCUCUUGAGCGACACAGCUGCUAUGGAGGAAGUGUAUCACAGCAGCCUGGCGUCACUCAAUGGACUGGAGGCCCAUCUGAGGACCAUCUCUCCAGGGCUCCCCGGCGCUCCAGGACCCUACAUCUUUGCCCACUUUGACUGCAUUCAGAGCACUCUGACAUCCAACCUGUCUGGUCGACGGGGAGCCCCGGAGCGUCCUUUUGUGAGGGCCACAUCACUUCUUCACUCACAUUUCUGUAACACUGAAACUCUGCAGGAGGCUAUUAUCAGGAGUGCCGGAGCUGCUGUGUAUGGAACCCGCAGCGUGGCCCAGGAAACUUACUACCAGCAGCACGGGGGAUCACUAAGGAACUCCGGCAUCCCUAACCACCAGGACAGUGCUUUCUCGCUCCCCGGCAAGGCACGGCAAAGACUACUGAAACACGGGGUUAACCUGCUCUGACGGGACAGCGUCGUGGCGUCUGCUCUCAGUGUUCAAGACGAGCUGUUUUUUUUCUUAAGAUAUGAAGAGCUGUCCUGUGAGUAACCUUAAAAUCAACGGAGAAGAUCAGAGAAUAUGAUAUAAAGCUUACUCUGGUCUGUUGAUGCUGUAGUUUGACUAUUUCCCACAGCAGAUUGUGUGAUAUUAGCAUAUGCUGUGCUGUAAAAACUUAAGCAACUCAUAUUAAUAGCAGGAACUUUGCAUUUUCUAAAUUUGUAUUAUAACUAUGAAUGUCAGAGAGGACGGUUAUAGUUAAAGUUAUGUAGUGAAAGUUUUGUUAACGAUGAGGUUUCAAUCAUAGUUUCAGUUAUUUUUUGUGCUUGUAUUUUUUCUGUUAUGCUCAAAUACAUUCCAUUUUGUAUCUAGAGACACGGUUUUGCCAAAUUAAGAUCCUGUUAACACACUGCACACAUUUUGCAACCUUUUCACUUUGCAGAUAUUUUCCUUUCAUCUUAACUGGAGCAAAAGUAAAAAAUUCCUCUUACAUGUAUUUAUUCAUUUAAUUGGAAAUUUUGACUCAAGCCAGGUUAAAUCUUUGUACUAUUUAACUGCAUUUUUACACACUCGUACUUUUACUUGUUGCACUUACUGUAAAACUGUAUUGGUUUAUU